AUGGUGCAGCGAAGGGGCUAUGGUAGUGAGGGUGGAUCGAAGUGUACUUUUGAUGGCCUUCGGUAUAGCGCAGCAUUUAUUGGGUUUGAUCAUUUCAAUAUCAUUCGCCAAGGUAUUCUACUGGCAAUUGAUACUUUCGGUGUCUCUCACAUUGUUCCCAUUCUUAGCCUUCCAUUUCUUGUCACGCUCCAUCCUCAGAACUCUGAGGAAAACAAGGCAAAGGGUAUCAUUUUUGUUAAAUUAACUCAGGUAUUCUUAAUUUAUGGGCUUAUAACAUCAGUGACAACUAUGUUCGCGAUUAUAUGUGUUACAAUUCACAGACGACAUUUGAUGGUAUGGGGAUUAUUUGCGCCAAAAUAUGUUUUCGAAGCGAUGGGCCUUCUUCUAACAGAUGUCGUAAUUUGCUUGGCAUCUCUCUACUAUUAUUGACAAGGCAGUAACCUGUGUCAAGAAAGCUGCCAAAAGUCAGGAGCUAUUCAUUCAAAUUCUGGUGAUAGUGGUUGUCGCUGAUAGCGAAAUGCAUUUACUGAAAAUUUAAGGUUAUCAUGGUUGAUCGGAAAAAUCAAAUCCAGCUGACAUCCAUAGACUUGGAAUGAAUGCAGGCAUCUUCUUUGACAAGUUUCUAAAUGGAUCAUUAUUUUCUGAUAAAUACAAAGUGCAUAUUCACCAUGAAGUCUCCAGAAAGUUGAAUUACUGUUUUGAGUCUAUUCCAAGCUUUGUUGAAGCGUCUUACAUUUUGUUGAUUUGUUCUUGAAUAUUUGUUUUCAAAUUGUCAUACGAAGCAUUAGAUGGUUGGGUGGAUUGCUCCUUCUCAAACAGCGGACCUGAGCUCAAGUGUUGUCAUUAGCACCGAGGCUUUCUUAAAUUUUCCAUCGAGGAAACAAUUUUUUUGGAGUUCUUUUACAGCAAUCGAUGGUAAGCUUGUCGUUGCCAUGGAAAUCUCUUUCUCAUCACCCUCACUUGUCAUUAUGUUCAACUCUGUAACAAAGAUACGGCUAGACAAAAUCAUUUGAAUCUAGGCCAAAACUUCAUCAGGAUCCUCAUUUUCCUUUUUUUUCCCUUUUUUGACUUUUGUCUAUACUCUGCAUAUACAUGUUUCAGGCUAUGCCUCCGUCAGUAUAGAAAGAUGAUCGAAACUGCCUG